AUGUUUCGAGCUAAUAACUUUGAUAAAUUAUUAGAUAAAGCGACAAGUAAUCUACGCUUGGACCCCGAUUGGCCCUCUAUCUUACAAAUAUGCGAUCUAAUUAGACAGAAUGACUGUUCACCAAAAUAUGCAGUGGCUGCUGUUAAGAAGAAGUUGUACUCACAGAAUCCCUACCAAGCUAUGUUUGCACUUUUGACUCUUGAGAGUAUUGUUAAAAAUUGUGGAUCUGGAGUUCAUGAUGAAGUCGCAUCGAAGGCAUUCUGUGAAAUGCUCCGUGAUCUUGUAAAAACAACCCAACACGAGAACUUGAAGACCAAGAUAUUAGAAUUAAUACAAGCUUGGGCAUUUGCUUUCCGGAACUCACCAAAAUACAGAGCUGUACAGGACACUGUGAAUAUACUGAAAGCUGAAGGUCAUAAGUUUCCACCGCAAAAAGAAUCUGAUGCAAUGUUUUCUGCGGACACAGCACCAGAAUGGGCUGAUGGUGAAGUUUGUCACAGGUGCCGAGUAGCAUUUUCUCUUAUGGUCCGUCGACAUCAUUGUCGAGCUUGUGGUCAAGUGUUUUGUCAGCAAUGUAGCUCCAAGACAUCAACAUUGCCUAAGUUUGGCAUUGAGAAAGAAGUCCGAGUGUGUGAGGCUUGUUAUGAUAAAGUAAGCCGUCCACCAUCUUCAACAGCAAAGUUGGAAAUUGUAGAUACUUCUAGUGACUAUGGACCAACUCAACCCCAAUACUUCGCUGAAUUUACCAUGUCUAAAAAUUUUAUAACGAGAUAUCGAGGUGAAGUUUACGAUACACCUAAUGGAAAAUUAUAUAUCAAAGAUGAACCAAUCUCACCAACGGAAGAAGAUUUCGGUGUUCACUAUAACUUGGACUAUCCCAUAGAAGACAACUAUGCUAUGAAAAAAUCACUUUCUAUGAACGACAUAGCUUCGCUCAAAGAAGAUUUUCUCAAACUCGAUGUUACUAGUAACCAGGAUGACAUGUAUUCUAGAUACAAGAAACAUUGUGAAACCCAAAUGCUAUCAAAAACAAAGUUUGUUUCUGUCGCGGAAGCCAUAUAUCACUAUCAGAGAGAUACACCAGAUAGGUUUCACUCAUCCAGACCUCGCAUAUUUCGUCCUCAACGUAACACUGGACAUACUGGUUUGACUGUGCCCCAAUCACCUAUGUUAAGAUGUAAGUCACGUUCCCGCCCUCAACAUAUACUAUCUCAAAAAGAAAAGGAAGAGAUGGAACUGCAAGAAAUUAGGAAAUUUAAAUUAAAAGCUAAUCCUAUUCCUAAAAGUGUGAUUGAAGGUCCUAAGCAUCUUCCAGAAGUGUCGAAGAAGCCUAUUACAGUCCCAGAACCUUUUAACCUGACUGAAAUUCAAAAGAAGGUUGCUCAGACUAAUGACCAUGUUCAGAACUUCAAGGCAAGACCUGCACCUAAACAUAUUCUUGAGAAACCACAAAUCCCUCCUAAGCCACCGUCUUCUUUAACAAAACCGGUUAGCCCCAAAUUUCAUUACAAGCGAGCUAAUUCUGCCGAUCACUUAAAGAAUGAUAUUAAAAAAUUUAAUCCAUGUGUUAAUGCCAAAAAGCCUGAAAAGUGUGAAAAAACCAUGCAACGUCUUGGUCCUUGCAAGCCUGAACCAUUUUCAUUUGAAAAAAGAGAUGAAGAAUUAAAGAGAAAGAGGGAAGAACGCAUCAAGCAACAGAUGGAAGAGGAACGGAGGCUUGCCAAUCAAUUCAAGGCCCAGCCAUUGCCGGCAGGUGUCAAGAAAAGAAUGCAGAACAUUCAGUCUAGCCAUCCAUCAGAUGCCUCGUCUGAGAACAAAGAAAACCAAACCCAUGUAAAGUUUGAAGCAAAACCUCCAGUUGUUCUCUACAAGGAACCAUUCAAACCGGUUCUCAAACCAGUCCAACUUAAAAAACCGAUGCCAUUCGAUUUAACAACAACAAAGAGAGCAGCUGAAAGGGAACUAUUUGAAAAACAAUUGAAAGAGAAAGAAGAGGAAAAUGAAAGAUUAAGACUUCAAAAGGAGAGGGAAAAGCAAGAGGCCGAGGAACGAGCUAUCGCUGAAUUAAGAUCGAAGUUGGUACAUCAUGCCAAACCAGUACCACCAUUACAGCCAUUCGUUCCUGAAAAAUCUGAUGCCCCUAUAACAGUUCCAGAAACACCGAAAUUUAAACGACCCGGCAAGUCAGCCGAAGAGUUGCAAGAAGAAGAAGAGUUGCAACUAGCUCUGGCUUUGAGUCAGUCAGAAGCUGAACAUAAGGAGAAGGAACGCAAGUCAAGAUCUUACAUCGCACCAGAACAAACACUACAUCCUACCAUUUCUCCUACACCCUCAUCUGUGAGUGCGUCCCCUGAACACAGUACCGCUAACUCGGAGCUGUCUCGCUACUUGGACAGGAAUUACUGGGAACAAAGACUGUCAAGGGAUCCCGCUGCACCUACAGCUCCUUCUUCGCACGCCACCAAUGAAACACCUGAUCAAGAUUUUACAAAACCUACUACUAGUAAGGGACAAGAAGAUGAAGCAGAGGAUAAAGAGAUUGACGAAUUUGUCGAAUCACUCAAAUCACAAGUGGAGAUAUUUGUUAAUAGGAUGAAGAGUAACUCGUCACGUGGACGUUCAAUCGCCAAUGACACGUCUGUGCAAACAUUAUUCAUGAAUAUAACAGCAAUGCACUCAAAGUUGCUGAAAUACAUUCAACAGCAAGAUGAUAAACGAGUUUAUUUAGAGAGUUUGCAGGAUAAGAUUAGUCAAGUGCGUGAUAGUAGAGCUGCUCUUGAUACUCUACGGGCUGAGCAUGCAGCUAGACUGGCUCAGGCGGCUGAGGCUGCUGAGAGGCAGAGACAAAUGCAAAUGGCCGCCAAGUUACAGGCAAUGAGGAAGAAGAAACAUGAGUACUUGCAGUACCAAAGACAAUUGGCCCUGCAAAGAGUUCAGGAACAAGAAAGGGAAAUGCAAAUGAGGCAAGAGCAACAAAAACAUCAGUACAUGAUGUCAGCCAACAGCGGUUUUUACAUGCCUGGUGUUUCGAUGCACCAAUUCCAGCCUGGUUAUCCCAAUCAACCAAUGUACGCCAAUUCUCAAUUCCAUCCACAAAUGAUGUCCCAAGCGACAACCGAUGGUUCCAUGCCUUUACCUGGACAGCCACAAAUGUCACAAGCCAAUAUACCAAUGAAUGUGAAUCAAAUGCCAAUGUCCCAAUCUAUGCCACCCAUGACAAAUACUUUUGCUAUGUCCACAUCUGGUAUGGGAAUAAGCCAACCUGGUGGUCAACCUGCAAUGAACCAAUCUAAUGUGAGGCCAGUAAUCAGCCAGCAAUUACCCAUUCAACAACAAAUGAUGAUGCAGCAAAUGCAACAAAUGAGAAUAUCCAACCAACCAGGUGUGCAUCAAAUGAUGCAGCAAAAUGGCCAUCCCUCGCAAAAUAUGCAAACACAGAAUCAACAGUCCUCUCAACAAAUUCAGAAACAAAAUGUCCCAAAUCAACCACCCAGCUCUAUGAUGCCUCCGAUGGCUAUAGGUCAAGCAAACAUGAACCAACCUAAUCCUAGCAACCCUAUGUUUGGAAUGCAAAUGCCAAACAUGAGAAUGUCAAUGAUGCCGGCCAAUCCACCCAGUAAUAACCAACAAGUCCCAGUUUCUGGAUACCCAAUGCAUGUGCAAAAUCCUCAAAAUAAUCAACCAACUGGGACUCAAAUGCCUAAUGUGCCUCAAAUGCCAUUACUAGGCCAACAAUUACCAAUGCCAAACCAGCAUAUGAUACAAGGGCAGCCCAUUCAAGGUGGUCAACCUCAAGGACAACAAAUGCCACAUCAACCACAAAUGCACCAAAGUCAAUCAUUACCACAAGGGGGCCAAUCUCAGGGACCACAAAUGCCACACCAACCACAAAUGACCCAAAGCCAAACGUUACCAAUGCAAGGUCAUCCCUCACAAACACAACCACAACAAAACAUGAUGAUACAGCAUCCAGGUCAACCUAUGCAUCAAGGACAACAGAUCUCUCAGACCAACACACAAGCUAUGAACCAAGGCCAACAAAUACCGAAUCAGAUGCCAGCUAAUAUGCCUCAAAUGAUGCAAGGUGCUAUGCAACAUAAUUCACAAAUGCAGGUUCCCACAAUGUCUAAUCAGGGUCAACAGCAAGCACAACAGAAUAUGCAAGGUCAAACAAUGAAGCAACCGUCUUUUGGCAAUGGCCCUCCAAACCAGCAGCCCGUAAACAACCAACAACAACCACCGACCCCAUUAAAGUCUGAACAUAACAAUAACACUGCAGAGUUGAUAAGUUUUGACUGA